AGCCCUUUCAUGGGUAGAGUUUAGUUUGUUUAUCCUUAAAUGUAUUUCCACCACCGUAAUCUCAAGCAAACACAACAAAAACACGAGAAUUUCAAGUACGGAAAGCAACACAUUAGAAGGACCAAUGUGGAACGUAUCCUCGAUCCUGGAAGGGCUAGAGCAUGAGCAAGGAGUAAACGCGGACCUCCGCGGCAAGAACGUGUUCAACUUGUGCGUGACCUUCUUGUGGAUAUUUCUGUGCAUCUACGUCCUGUCCAAGCUAACCCAACUCGUGGAGCUCUUUCUGUGCCAGCGGCUACUUGGCCAGAAGCAAUGGUACGACGUCCGCACGAUCAAAAACGAGUGGGAGCAGACCCUCCAGCUUUAUGAGGACGAUAAAAGCCAGCUGGACGCACAGGUGCGCGAGUUGCGAGAAAAGAACCUGAGUAUGGAGCGCUUGAUGGUGGACCUGCGAGACUACAACAUCCACUUGAUCAGCGAAAACUAUAUGCUGUCCGUGAUGCACGAACAGAAACCAAGGCCGGCCGAGCCGAACAUCUACAUCACCAACAGCCACUUCCAUCUCACUCGCCAGAUGUUUCUGAACGAUAGUCAAAUCAAUCUGAACGUCCAUGACCAUGGCGAGAAAGGAGCUUCCGGGGAGGGCAAAAAUGUCUGGCUGCAGUAUCUAAGGAUGCGCAAGUGCUAUAUGAGCCCGAUUGCCGAUCCGAAUUCGAUAGAUCCCAGCAGCACCACCAAGCAGAUUCUCCCAAUUGUUAUGAGCACCGAGCAGUUGGCCGAAUUGCAAGGCAUGAUCUAGUUAGUUUUAAGUUAUAUGCAAACAUAAAUCUCGAUUGUUGUAUUGAUCGCAAAGAAAAAAGCUCAAACAAAUAUAUUUAAAUU